AUGUUCGGCGGUGGAUUUGAAAGCUUUUUUGGCGGCGGUUUCGAGGGAGGACCUAGUGGGCAAUCCAAGCCUGUUGAUAACAACAAAUUUUACGAGGCUCUUGGUGUUAGCAAAACAGCAUCAGCUGCCGAGAUCAAAAAAGCAUACCGCAAGUUAGCGCUAAAGAAUCAUCCAGACAAAGGUGGCGAUCCAGAGCUCUUUAAAACGAUAACGGUCGCUUAUGAGGUGCUCAGUGACCCAGAGAAACGUGAGCUGUACGAUCAGUAUGGAGAAGAGGGGCUACAAAAUGGAGCUGGGGGUGCCGAUGCAAGCGAUCUAUUUAGUCAAUUCUUUCGUGGCCAGGGUGGGCGUAAAUCUCGUGGUCCACAGAAGGGCGAAGAUCUUACACACCCACUUAAAGUAUCACUCGAAGAUCUGUACAAUGGUAAAACUGUGAAGCUGGCUGUGAACCGCGAUGUGCUUUGUAGUCGUUGUGAAGGUCGCGGUGGUGCAGAAGGAUCUGAAAAGACAUGUGACACCUGUCAAGGUCGCGGCAUGCGAGUACAAUUGCGUCACAUCGCUCCUGGUAUGGUUCAACAGAUGCAAAGUGUUUGCCCAGACUGUCGCGGACAGGGCAAGAGCAUUCGUGAGAGCGAUCGCUGCAAGGGAUGUAAGGGCAAAAAGGUCACAAAGGAGCGGAAGGUGCUUGAAGUGCACAUUGAAAAGGGAAUGCGAAACGGACAGCGCAUUACAUUUGCAGGUGAGGCAGACCAGGCUCCUGGUACAGUGCCUGGAGAUAUCAUUUUUGUGGUGCAAGAAAAGGAGCAUCCUACGUUCCAGCGAAAGGGUGGCAACCUUAUCAUGGAGAAAAAAAUUAGCUUGGUGGAAGCUCUAUGUGGAUUUGAAAUGAUUGUGGAGCAUUUGGACGGUCGUCAUUUACACAUUAAGACGCGGCCUGGCGAGAUUAUCAAGCCUAAUCAGUUCAAGGCUGUGCAUGGUGAAGGAAUGCCCACACAUGGUAAUCCGUUUGUGAAAGGUCAACUGGUCAUUUUGUUCAAGGUGAUGUUCCCAGAGAGUGGUAGUUUGUCGGAGAAGCAACUCAGUAUACUUAAGAGUACGUUGCCCGCGCCUACACCCUUGGCAACCAUGGUCGAAUCGGAGGAGUGUUUCUUGUCAGAGUUCGACGCUGAGGCUGCUAAAGCUGAACAGCAGCAGCGUGAAGCUUACGACUCGGAUGAGGAACGUGGCGGUCAACGCGUGCAGUGUCAGCAGCAGUAG